GUGUGUGACCUGGCGGAAGCGCGUUGGGAGCAUGCGCAGACGGAACGCCGAACAAAGGACGAACUCUCAGUGAAAUAAGAUGUUAUAUUUUAAUUAUUAAAGUACUGUUUUACCUUGAUCAGUGUGUGUUAUUAGUAAGCGGAAAGUCAAAUAAGAGUAUUUACAUCAUUGGCGACGAGGUUAAUUGCGGAAAACACCGGGAUUCAGGGUGCACUAGAACUAUCGCAGUUUGCGGUGGUACACAGGGGUGCUGCGCAGUUUGUGCAAGGAAUCUUAUAGCCAUCGUAGGUUGCGGAGGUGCACAGAGGUGUUGCAGUUUGCAACAAGGGGCUCUACUACAGUGAUAAGAAGGAGGGAGGUGCUUGGAAAGCGGCUGCUCAUAUACGUCUAACCAGUUUGGUUGAUUCAAUGUCAUCUUUCAUUACGGAAGUCGAGGCGCUGCUAAGCCAGGGGAUCCUCUACAAAUGCCCUGACAGGUUUGCUCUGGGGAUUGGACUGGCCAUGGCUCAGGACAGGGAGGGUGCCCUUCGCCUCCUAGAGGGGAUGGUCAGUUUGGCCAAGACCCAGAAAACGAAGACCAAGGGAAAGGAGGACUGGCUUAAGAAUUUAUCAAGAUCGCUAGAUACCUAUCAGAUAGUGGACAGGGAAUGGAUCCACGAAAAUGUAUUCCCACUUCCCCAGCGGCCAAAGAAAAGGGAACAGGAGUAUAAUCCCGGGGCAGGGCAGCGAGAUAUUCGUUUGGGGCAGGCUGGGUCUAGUUUAGAUCAGGCUUGUUACCUGGGAGAUGAACUGCUCAACGUAGAAAAGCUUCUCGGAAAACCUGGCACUCCCAGCCACAAUGAAGACCUUGGUCCGGAUCCUGAUAUCCUGUUGGGAACGCCGAGUCCCAGAAAGUGUCUGGACAAGUCAUCGACGGCAGUUUGCCCGAUGGAGGUCAGUUUCCCUGGCGAGGACAAGGUAGAAGCUACAGGAGGUCACACAGACUCGGGGGCUGCUGGUUUACCCUUGGGAGAGGUCGAGGGCGACCCGUCCGAGGAUGCAAGUCGCACGUCCACAGGAAGAGAUGAGCGGGUUCUCUAUUAUCGUGAAAACCAAGUCAGGAGCUCCGAGAGUCACCGGGAGGACAGAAGCAGGCUUUCAGGGGAGAGGGUAGAAGACCGGAAGUGGAGUCAGGCGAAGAAAAGAGAUACCAGGUCGGAACCUGCACGGAAAGUACGCCAGAUGCCAGGUACAAGUUCCGGGGGCAAUCUCCGAGUGUCAGUCGAAAUACCGAAGAAGAUUAGGCUGACCAGGGACAGUUUGUCCCAGGUCCAGAAGAGGUUAGAAUGCCAGCGCCGGGUCGAGAGGCUAAGGAGGAACCAUACCUGCUGUGUCCCUGGUUGUGACAGCGUUGGAGUUGAAUUCGAAAAGGUCCAUGCGAUGACCAGGCAUGUGCCAACAGUUUUUGAUGGACGGUUGGCUGAUCCAAGUGACAUAGUUCAGGGAAUGCGGGUCCGAGCAUUGUUGCAGGUUGCAACGUGGCUACUUGGCAGACCAGGGACGCUCCACGACCUGCUGGAUCUGGUGAACGCCCAACACUUCCUCGAGUCCCGUGAGACGACUCACCCAAGAUCAUCCUCUUGGUCUACCUUGGAAGGGUUUUGUAGGUAUUUACGGGAACCAGUUCCAGCGGAAUUCACCCUUGCACCCGUCAACAGUGUCGCAGGACUUCUUCACUGGAGAGUUCUGUACCUGUUGGCAGCCUUGCUGCAGCCCAGGGAUCGCCUUUAUUGGAUGGAGCAGUUUGCUUAUCCCCCAAUCGUGGUUGAAUCUCUCCCAGAAGCAGUGGACAGUCAUUUCCACCCUGAUCGACUCAGACGUGCCGCCAAUAUUCACGGCACCAUAGAGGACGUCCUGGCUUUAGGAGUAGAGCAGCAGGUGGUAAGACUCAAGCUUAAACACGUGGUGGCAAGUUUCUGCGACCCAGAGACGUACCCAUCGUCAAGAGAUGUUGAUACUUUUCCACCGGAAGUCAUCGUGGCGGUUGGGAUUCACCCUAAACAUGCAGUAAACCCGAAGAGGAUCCUCACAGACGCUUUGGAGAGGUUGAGCAGUUUGCUCACUAAUCCGCGGGUUGUGGCGAUUGGUGAAGUAGGGUUGGAUCACUCGGUGGACCCGGCAGACUGGUGGUACCAGAUGAAGCUGCUGCAGAAACUCCUGCCCAUCAUCCGAGAAAACAAGGUUCUAGUGCUCCACUGUCGGGGAAUUACCGGCGACAAUGGUAUGGAGGCUCAUCUGUUGUUGCUUCACCUGUUAAAGCCCCUUUCCAGACAACAGAGGAUUCAGCUCCAUGCCUUUAAUGGGAACCAACUGGUGGUCGGGUGGUGGUUGGAAGUUUUCCCUAAAACCCACUUCAGUUUUAACAGGAGUGUUGAAAACUUCACCCCGGAGCAAGUGGCCGCUGUAGUCAGCAUGCCUGAGGAUCUUCUCCUUAUUGAAACAGACGCCCCUUACUUUACGAGGCCCCAUAUGAGGUUUUCGGCGCCAGCGGAAGUUGGGGAUGUGGCGGCGAUGUUGGCUGGACUUCGAGGGGUGACGACGCAGCAUAUCCUGGAGAUCACUACAAGAAACGCCGUCAACCUGUUUGGUGAGAUCCCCACAGGGCAGGUUGCCCUGUAGAUCAACCCUAGUAAUUGAUGGUCCUCAAUGUAUGCCAGUUUGGCGAUCCAGGAUGGGCACGAACAACAACACCCAGCAGAUGGCCGACUGUUACCUGCGGCGGAGGUACCGGGUUCCGGGAAGCGGCUCCAACAAUAAAGACGGGGGGAGUGUUGUGGCUGACCUGCUGGACUGUUGUGUGUGACCUGGCGGAAGCGCGUUGGGAGCAUGCGCAGACGGAACGCCGAACAAAGGACGAACUCUCAGUGAAAUAAGAUGUUAUAUUUUAAUUAUUAAAGUACUGUUUUACCUUGA